AUGGCACCCAGAGCUAAAGCAACUAAUUCCUCCUCAAAGAGUAAGGGACUCAUUGAAAAAGAGGAUAUCUUUCCCACGAUCGUUCAUUCAAACCCCGUCACACCUCUUCAGAAAUCUCUUUUAAACUCUCCUUUCAAUCCUAACCUCGAAGAAACUCGCGACCCUCAAGAUGCACAUGGCCUGGAAGAAGCAAUUGACCCACAGUUGAUGCAAAGCAAGGCGAUCAAUCCUUCUGUCGCCCCAGAUUUCAAUCAUCCAUUUACUUUGGAGGUUGAUCCUACAUUGGCUCUGGAUAAAAAUUUCCCAGGUUCAGUCCCAGGUUCAUAUUCAAUUAAUUUAACAAACCAAUAUGAUUCAAGUAGCGACUUUGCUGAGUAUAUCCCCAAUCCAAACGAAUGCAAUUCAUUCCCUCUUGACAACGGUGGAGCCCCUUCAUCUUUCCGACUCGGCAAUACAAACGACAAGGUCGAAUCUCAAAAGUCAUCUACAAAGGUGCCAUUUGUUGAUCCUAUGCAUCCGCAUGCGCACCUGAAGCAUGUGGCUGUGUUUUGCUGCCAGUCUCCAACUUGUGUGCAAGAGUGCAAAGUUGAUUAUAAGUAUGCGACUCGCCAAUUUACAUUGCAUUACUCUCGACAGUCAAUUGAAGAGCCAUUGUACAGUGGUCGCAAGCGUGUUGUGCCACAGACAGACAAUCCAGAUCAUCGCAUUCCGAUGCUUCUCCUUUCCGGAGCUCGGGUCUACAGAGUCGAAAAGUUGGGAGAGAAUCCGGUCGUGCGACUUUUUGUUGGUGACAUCAUCAACCGCAAGAAGAAGUAUUGGGAGGUUUUGCCUGGGGGCGCAGUUGAGCAAUUGGGAUGGAUUCAGGAGUUAAGAGACACGGCAGCUCCUACCGACCGAUGUAGUGCUUGGAAGUGCACCACCCAUGGAGACAUCUGGAAGGUCAGUAUCUUAGAUCAUCUUUUCGACAAUGGUGCCGAAAAUACUGGUACACUAGGAACCGACUAUGACAGUGGCUAUGCGAGCUCUUCUGGUCAUAUGGGAAGUUCGUCAAGAAAAGGAUCAUCUACAUAUGGCGACAACAAUGCCACUUUCAAUACGAGCCCUAUCACUCCCAUCAAAUACUCGGUCGGCAAAAAUAAUGCUAUUCUCAAGAUGAGUCCGUUGACACCCACCAAUUACUCGGUCGGCGAAAACAAUGUUGCUCUCAAGAUGAGUCCGGUGACACCAACCAAUUACUCAUUCGACGGUUAUAACAUGCUAUUUAACGCGAGUUCAACCACAACUACCAGCCACUCAAGUGGUGAUCAACAUGGCCCAGCAACUACCAUUAGCAAUGUCAAGCCUCGCCGCAACCGAAACCGCAAUCGCAGCCACGGCGCCAACAAGAUGAGCUCAAGUGGCAACAACAACUCUCUUGAACAAAUCGAGGAAGAUCUUGAGGACUUCGAGAUCAGCGGCGACGUUACCGAACUUCUUGAGUUCAAUGACUACGCCAGUACCAGUGGUUGCGACUUCAUGCAACCGCAAGCUCAAAUGUGGGAUGAUGAUCUCCUUAAUGAGGUCAAUACUUUUAUCGCCGACGGAAUCAACUUUGGCGAAUCUGUUGAACAUACAAUUGAACACGACUUCGAUGCUAUUUGA